UCCACUGACAACACUUCAGAACAAUAUAAGGUACAACCAUGCACAAAUCAAAGAGAAAGUUCAAAGAACACAGAUCAGCAAAGUAUUGAUAGCAAACAGAGGGGAGAUAGCAUGUCGGGUCAUGAGAACUGCAAAGAAAUUGGGAGUCAGGACAGUGGCUGUUUAUUCUGAUGCCGACAGACAUGCUAUGCAUGUUGAAAUGGCAGAUGAGGCUUACCACAUUGGGCCUGCACCUUCCACACAAAGCUAUCUAAAUGCAUCUAAAAUUCUUGAAGUAGCUAAAAAGUCUAACAGUCAAGCUAUACAUCCAGGCUACGGAUUUCUAUCUGAAAAUGUUGAAUUCUGUGAAAAAUGUGCUUCUGAAGAUAUUAUAUUCAUUGGCCCACCACCUUCAGCUAUUAGAGAUAUGGGUAUCAAAAGUACGUCAAAAGCUAUUAUGUCAGCAGCCGGUGUACCCAUUGUUAGAGGAUACCAUGGUGAAGAUCAGAACAUUGAGAGACUGAAAGCUGAAGCCCAAAGAAUUGGUUUCCCACUUAUGAUCAAGGCUGUCCGGGGGGGCGGAGGAAAGGGUAUGAGAAUCGCAAUGACCGAAUCUGAUUUCCUUCCGCAAUUGGAAUCGGCGAAGAGAGAAUCGCUUAAAUCAUUUGGAGAUGAUAAUAUGCUGCUCGAACAAUACAUUACGGAUCCAAGGCAUGUGGAAGUUCAGGUGUUCGCAGAUAUGCACGGAAAUGCUGUUCAUCUUUUUGAAAGAGAUUGUUCAGUACAGAGACGACACCAGAAGAUCAUAGAAGAAGCUCCGGCACCUGGGCUUUCUGAAGAGACUCGUAGAGCGUUAGGUGAAGCCGCAGUUCGCGCCGCCAAGGCCGUGGGCUACGUAGGAGCCGGCACAGUAGAGUUCAUCCUUCAUAGAGUCACACACGAAUUCCACUUCAUGGAGAUGAACACGCGUCUUCAAGUCGAACAUCCAAUCACGGAAAUGAUAACUGGUACUGAUUUAGUGGAAUGGCAGCUCCGCGUGGCCGCCGGUGAGCCCCUGCCCGUCACACAGGAAGACAUCGUCCGGAACGGCCACGCGGUCGAGUGUAGGAUAUACGCAGAGGAGCCCGCGGCCGGCUUCCUGCCCAGAGCCGGUACACUGCACAGGCUAACGCAGCCUAUCGCUGAAGAGUUUGUACGGGUGGAAACCGGAGUACGCGAAGGACAAGAAGUAUCAGUGCACUAUGAUCCGAUGAUAGCGAAGCUGGUUGUGUGGGGACGCGAUCGAACCGAGGCACUAGCGAAAACAAAGGCAAAACUUACCGAAUAUCAGGUAGCUGGUCUAGAAACAAACGUCAACUUCCUCCUGCGGCUGAGCGGCGCGAGCGCGUUCGUAGCGGGAGAUGUUCACACAGCGUUCAUACCGCAACACGAGGCCGAAUUAUUCCCAAAAUCCGACACUGUGCUGAAUGAGAACCGCGCUAUUCAAGCUGCUCUGGGACACCUUCUGGUGUCACAAGCUCAACUUGCCACCAACGAUAGCUGGAAAGGCAUUUCUGUGCCGUCUACCGCUUUCAGACCGAACUACCAGUUACAGAAGACCGUGCCAUUGAGAUUUGAUGAAAAAGAUUUCACAGUCACUGUGCAGUACACGGACGUGCCUAAUACGUAUCGAGUACAAGUCGGCGACGGCGAGUGGAGGAGCGUGGAAGCUUACCUCAGCAGUAACGAGAAAGGCCUACGAUUGAACGCUUUGAUCGAUGACAAGAUCAGCAACAUCGGACUGCUGACGUACGAACAACAAGUUCACGUGUACGACGAGACAGGGCAAACAGUUUUCGUGCUACCUCAUCCGAAGUUCCAAGCGGUCAGCGGACUGGACCCAGCUGCGGCUGCGAACAGCGCGUCCUCUCCCACACCCGGAGUACUUGAACGUAUACUAGUCAAUAAGGGGGAUAAGGUGGUGAAGGGCCAGCCUCUGUUCGUGGUGAUAGCAAUGAAAAUGGAGUAUGUAGUACGUUCGCCCCGAGAUGGCGUGGUGGAAGCCGUGGCACCCUUCAAACAGGGUGAUGCCGUUGGCAAGGGAACCCAAGUUGUUAUGCUAGAAGACCAAAGCUAGUAAUCUAAUAAUGACACUAUCUUAUAUGUUCCUACAUGAUUUGAUGAUAAAUCUUACUCCGGUGCUAUACUUUAAGUGUUAAUGAAUUCCAAAGUUUAUAAAGGUAAGAACGUUUUUAUAUUUUGUAAGAGAAAAUGUUUCUUUUUUGUUUUUAAAUAAAAAUCACAUAAAAUAUUGUUAUUAAUUUAUAAGUUCCAAAGUCUGCAUGUUUAUUUGCCGAUUCGUAUACCCAAAAUCAACCGUAACGGCCAUAUUAUAAAUAAUUUGAAUUUGGUUCCAAAGCUCAAUAAUUAAAACCUUUAUUAAACUAAACUCGCAAAUUACGCCUCAGUGUCACAAAAUAUUUUGUUUUUUUUUAGUUUACAUAUACCUAUAUACCUAUGGAUAAAUUUAAUGAAACGUAAAAAAAGUUUAAUGUAAAAUAAUAUUAUAAAUCUACACGGUUUGAAAUGGUUUAAAGCCAACGGUUGUGGUUGUGAGGUUCUCGUGAUAGCCGUGGCCUCUGUAUCAUCGUUAUGUAGCAGUGAGUCGGUCACACAUUCGAAAAAAAAAUUGUAUUUUUUUUUGUGUG